GUGUCCUGGAUGGAGGCCAGCAGGGUUAGUGAUCCUCUCCCACCUCUCUCCUGCUCCCUCUCACCCCACAAACUUCGUUUUUUCCCAGCUUUGAAAGAGGAGUACAGCCACCACACAACUUUUCAGACUUUUCAACGACACUUUGACCUUCUGAUUUCAAACAUAUUUUGGUUAGAAAUUGGACUCCAGUUCCUGAAGUUGGAUUUUUAGUCCUUUGUGCUCAUUUUCCGGCUUCCGGUUUGUAUCUUUUCACCGUUUCUAAUUUGGGUGUUUUUCACCCCCCUGACUGUGUUUCAUUUCUGUCAGGUACAAUGGCUCUUGGAGUGCUUAAUUCGCAAGUUAAAAAUUCCCUGAGUGGGAGUGUAUUUUUCGACCGCGGUUCUAUAGCGGAACAGGAACCUCCGCCUCCACUCCGCAGCUACCUUUGUUUGACUAUUUUCACCUGCUUUUGUCCUGCAUACCCUGUCAACAUUGUGGCAUUGGUCUUCUCUAUAAUGUCUAGGAACAGCUAUUAUCAGGGUGACUAUGAUGGGUCGAGGCGCCUGGGCAGGAACGCUCUCUAUGUCGCUGUUGCCUCCAUCAUUAUCGGCCUUGUCAUCAUCGCUGUCUCCUGCAUCGUUCAUUUUACCACUAUGGACUUUUAGUGCUGUGACAGUGGAGAGAGGGGGAGAAGAGAAAUAAGACAGUUGAACAGAAAACUGUGGAUGAUGAUGUCUGGAUGGGCUCAGGUGGUCGGUUCAAACGAUACCAUCUGCCAAUGAAAGGACUAUGACUCGCCUCAUGUUUACUUAAAUCUGUGCAUCACUUCCUCUCAUGUCUACUGCUCUUCAUAUGGACAAUCAGGGAUUAUAAAAUCAAGUGAGCGUGUACAUUUUGGUGUUUAAUGUCUAUGAUUCUUUGGCAGCUUUUGAUACAUGUUUAGAGAAUCCAGGGUGUACAGCAAGUUUUGUUAGGCUGUGACCCCAAUGUGAGAAAAGUAUUUAUUUUGUCUGUUGUUUUUUGCUCAAAUCAUUGCUAGAUGACAGUAAACUGUGUAUAACUUAAUUAAAAUACCUAUCCAUAAAAAUAA